AUGAGAACAACUCUUUAUGUCUCUGGCUUCAAUCCAAAGACUCGCGCGAGAAAUCUGGCUUAUGAAUUUGAAAGAUAUGGCCGUCUUGUUCGAUUAGACAUACCUGCGCCAAAAACCUUCAACGCCAAACCAUAUGCCUUUGUUGAAUUUGAGGAAACCCGAGAUGCUGAUGAUGCUUUCCAAGAACUGAACGGAAGAGUCAUUGACGGCUAUACGCUGAGCAUACAGUGGGCCAGAACUAGCCUGUCAAAUCCCCAUCACAGAUCCCAGCAUCCACCCUCUCAUCAUCAUCAUCAAAAAUCAUACAACAGAACGAGUCGAUCUCGGAGCCCAUACCGUAGAGAGCGAUCUGCCUCACCUUUACCCCCACGAUACAACAAUAUUGAUGCUCCUCGUCGAUUACGCUCAAGAUCUCGUUCGCCAGCAAAUUACCAGAGACGUCGCUCAUAUUCACGUAGUCCUCCCAUCUAA